CUCAAAGUCAAAACAACAGACUUACAGUUUCCAGUAGGCAGUAUCGUUUCUCUCUUUCUUUCGUCACAGAAGUCAAAAUGAAGAUCGGCCUUUGCGCUUACAGUGGUUACAAGAUUUACCCUGGCCAUGGAAAAACCAUGGUUAAGGUGGAUGGCAAGUCUUUCACAUUCCUGAACUCAAAAUGUGAAGCUGCACAUCUUAUGAGGAGGAAUCCUCGUAAAGUGACAUGGACUGUGCUGUACAGGCGAAAGUUCAAGAAGGGUCAAGAAGAGGAACAGGCCAAGAAGCGCACACGCAGAACCCAGAAGUUCCAAAGGGCUAUUGUUGGUGCAUCACUUAGUGACAUCAUGGCCAAGAGGAACAUGAAACCAGAAGUGAGAAAAGCACAGAGGGAGCAAGCUAUUAAGGCUGCAAAGGAAGCCAAAAAGUCUACAAAGGCCGCCAAGAAAACAACUGCACCGCCAACAAAAGCAAAAGCACCUCCUAAGGCUAAGGCGGCUAAGGUCUCACAAAAACCAACCACACGUAUUGGGGGAAAACGAUAAAAAUAAAAUACAUUUUUAAGGAUUCA